CGUUAAUUGUAAUCGUUAUCGAUAUUGGUUAAAAAAAUUGGAUUUCUGGUUCAUUGAAUUAGUUUCGGUAUCUUAAAUAUUUUAUUUCAUUUUUAUGUAAUCAUGGUUAAAUUCGAUUUUUGAAAAUGAAUUCUAAUCUAAAUUUAAGACAUAUGAAUGGGGGAAGUAAUAUUGAAGAGGCCGGAAAUGGAAGUGGUGAUAAAUUCAAGCCUGGCAUGGAACCGGUAAAAGAAGAUUAUACGAAGAAAGAAGAUUAUCCGUCAGAAUUAUUAAAUUUCGAUGUAAUGCCGAAACAUUUACAAUUCAAUCCGUUUGUAUUCACGGGUUAUAGACCGCAAAUGGACUCUUGGGAGUGCAUUAGAAGCCUUACUUAUUUUCACAAUGAAACUCUCAACAUUCUCACUCAUGGUUUACCUCUACUAUAUGCUAUCUGGAGCCUGCCAGGUUUAUUGCCUUGGAAUGAAAUGCCACUGCCACUAUUACCUUAUUUCCAUGCAGCAGCAACUGUAUGUCCGUGGUUGGGAAGUUCCAUAUAUCAUCUAUUUAUGAAUCAUUAUUCAGGCCGUGGAACUUAUGCACGUCUUUUACAGUGGGAUGUUGCUGGUGUUUGGGUUACUCAAAGCUGUGGUGGUUUUUCCUCAAUUUACAUUGGGACCAUGUGUUUACCAUGGCCUUUGAGAUUCCUUUUGCUCUUAAUAUACUUAUCAUUUGCGUUAAAAGCCCUGCAUGCUGCAGUAUUUGCUGUUGGACCAUGGGAACGUCGAAUAAGUUUUGCUGCUAUGUUCAUUAUGCGGCUUUGUAUCCUGUGUGUACGUUAUACACCCUAUGGUGGUGGACACCCUGAGGCCUUAUAUCACGUUUUUAUGCAAGAUUUCUGGUCACUGGUUGGUGCUGUUAUAAGUGCUUCUCUAGUACCAGAACGAUGGUUGCCAGGAAAGUUUGAUUAUGCAUUUAACAGCCACAACAUAAUGCAUGUUUUAGUAGUCUUAGGAGGAUUACACAUGCACUGGGCCAUUCAAAAGGAUUUCCGGUGGGUUGCCGAAAACCAGUGCCCUAAAUAAAGUUUGCCUUAUAUCUAGCAGAGUUUUAAAUUAACAUCAGUACUUUUGUCUGAUAUUUUUCAGGCAUAAAAUUACAUAUUAGAAUAAAUAUGCAUGAAAAAUAACUUCUUAGCUAAAAUUUACAAGUUCUUAAUUGAAAAAUAUAUUUCAAAAUAAGAUAUUAAAUAUUAAAAAAUUAAUAAUAGUACUUUUGUCUGAUAUUUCUCAGGCAUAAAAUUACAUAUUAUUAUAAUAUACAUGAGAAAUAACUAGUUAAAAUCUAUAAGUACUUAAUUAGAAGAUAUAUUUAAAAAAAGGUACUUAAUAUUAAAAAAAAAAAUUAUCAUCAGUGCUUUAGUCUGAUAUUUUUCACGCAUAAAAUUACGUAUAAUAAAUAUACAUGAGGAAUAACUACUUAGUAAAAAUCUACGAAUACUAAAUUGGAAGAUAUAUUUUAAAAUAAGUUUCUAACAUCACAAAAUCAACAUUAGUACUUGUUUUUUAUAUUUUUCAGGCAUAAAAUUACAUGUGCAUGAGAAAUAAUUAAAAUCAGUAAGCAAUAUAUAUUUGAAGAUAUGUUUGAAAAUAAGGUACUUGAAUUUUAUGGUAAGGUGUUAAUUUCUAACUCUGUGUUUCUACUUAAUUGCACAAGGAAACUUAAAGGUAUUUUAAUGUAAUCUUGAACUAUCACUAGCCCAUAAUGGAUAACAAUUCCUUCCAUAUACACAAUGCACAUUACAUUAUUCCUCAUGGACAUACUAUUUUUUAUUUUUGUGUGUCUUUAGAUAUUGAUAUGUGUUAUUGUUUGUCAAUAGAUAUCUUUAGUUAUGAAGUGGUUUUGUAUGUUUCACCAAAACUAUUAAGUAGUUUUGUUGAAAAAAACAGUAUUAUUUAUCUAAGUUUCUAAAAAUGAAAGUUUGGGUGAAUUAGAAUGAAUUUAACUGGAAACUUAUAAUAGUUAUUCCUCGAUUUACGUAAUAUAUUAUACAAACAUAUUAACAUUGUAGAAUGAGUAACUAAGAUUUUAAAAAUGUGUUUAAAAGCAUUUCUUUUAGUUUUCUUCCAAUAAAUAAUUCAUCUAAUUUAA